UACAGAAGAGCUAUUAACAAAAUGGCAUCGUACCGAGUGGGGGUUUCACCUUUCCACCUUUUCCACCUUUUCCACCUUUUCCACCUUGUACAUGUUCAGACAUGUCGAUAGAGUAUUGAGGUUUUAUCAGUCCCACUAUGACCAUGUCAGCCCAUCGUGCAAUUUCCCUCAAAGCAAAGUUCCUCUCCGACUCUAUAAUUCGAAUCCAGGAAAAUCAUGCGGAGCGUUAGCGACUUCAAGAUACGUUACCCUAUCACCCAUAUCAACCCUCGUGCGUUCCCAUAGAACUCAUGGAAUCCCGUCACAUUUCAGCCUCUCUCGCAAGGAUGAAAGUCGGGGGACCGCAAAGAACGUACUUUUGAGUUCUACAUCAGGAAUAUUCAAGGAACUUGGAGAGAACUAUGGUGUAUGAGGCAACAGGAGGCACGCGGCAUCCAGCCAGCUUCGACUGUGGUCUGAAUUUCUGUCUGUUACCAUAUGCAUACUAGUCCCUAGAUCCUACUUCAGAGCGGCACCAGGACAAGGAAGUAAUGGGAUAUUGUGAAUCGCGGUGUCCCGUUACGAGCUAGUAUGCGAUGAUAG